UGAGUAAAUGUUUUUAUCUGAAACAGGAUCACCUUCCUGUGACGGCUGACCAGAACCAAGAUGGCGGGAGUCGUCGCCAAGCGCGAGGGACCUCAGUUCAUCAGUGAAGUCGCCGUGAGGGGGAACGCCGCCGUGCUGGACUACUGCCGCACCUCCGUGUCCGCUCUGUCCGGAGCGACGGCGGGCAUCCUCGGGCUGACCGGACUGUACGGCUUCAUUUUUUAUUUCCUGUCCUCUUUCCUCCUCUCUCUGCUGCUCAUCCUUAAAGCCGGGCGACGGUGGAACAAAUGCUUCAAAUCGCGGCGGCUGCUCUUCACCGGCGGCCUCGUCGGAGGUCUUUUCACUUACGUCCUGUUCUGGACCUUUCUGUACGGGAUGGUGCACGUGUACUAAAAACGAUCCAAACCUGAAUUAAACCCAUUUAAUGCUGCGUAACCCAUAAUAACGUCUGCCCUGCUGUUUGUAGAUGAGCCGUUCGUUAAAGACUUUCUCUAAUAUAAACUGAUAAUCAAGUGACUGUUAACCCUUUAACUCCCGCUCUGUGCUCCCCAGGAUCACAGCCUCAGUCGUGAUGUUGUAGGUUUUAGUGUAACGG